AGAAGCAAUCGACAGAUGAAGUGUUGUCAUUGACAUAACAUAAGAGAGCCUUGGAGGGCUGCCUUGGCAAAGUCAUGGCGCUGGUGAAACAAAGUUGUGUUGUCGCAGGGCAGUUCACACGCAAUCGGCUUCUUUGUCAGUCAAGGUGGAUUGAUGGUUCUCACAUUUAUACCAGUGGUUUCACCACGGCCCCGAAUGCUUCUCACACUGUGAAGGAUCGCAAGAAGCAGUUGAGUGAGGACGGGCCAGAUUUGCAAGACUUCAUAUCGGGAGAACUGACAGACAAGGAGCGAUGGGAUGAAUAUCGUGGCAACUUGAAGCGUCAGAAAGGAGAAAGGCUACGACUGCCCCCUUGGCUGAAGACCGAGAUCCCUAUUGGCAAAAACUACAACAAAUUAAAGAACACACUUAGAGACCUAAAUUUACACACGGUGUGUGAAGAGGCAAGAUGUCCAAAUAUUGGAGAGUGUUGGGGAGGAGGAGAAUAUGCCACAGCCACUGCCACAAUUAUGUUGAUGGGGGACACGUGCACGCGUGGAUGCCGCUUUUGCUCUGUAAAAACAGCCCGUAAGCCUCCAGCCUUGGAUCCCAAUGAACCAGAGAAUACAGCAAAAGCCAUUGCUGCUUGGGGGUUGGACUAUGUGGUUUUAACCUCAGUUGAUAGGGACGACAUACCAGAUGGCGGUGCAGCGCAUUUUGCGCAGACAGUGGUAAACCUGAAGCAGAGGAGUCCAAAUCUGCUGGUUGAAUGUCUGACCCCUGAUUUUCGUGGUGACUUGAAUGCAGUGGAGAAACUUGCCAUGUCAGGCCUGGAUGUGUAUGCCCAUAAUGUGGAGACUGUCCGGGCGCUACAGAGAUUUGUGCGGGACCCUCGGGCAAAUUUUGAUCAGUCGCUGGCUGUCCUGCGCCAUGCCAAAGCUGUGAAUCCCACUAUCCUCACGAAGACGUCCAUCAUGCUCGGACUGGGAGAGACUGAUGCUCAAAUACAUUCAGCCAUGGAAGAACUGCGUGAUAAUGGAGUAGACUGUUUGACUCUGGGCCAGUAUAUGCAGCCAACUAAACGUCACCUAAAGGUGGAGGAGUAUGUCACCCCAGAACAAUUUGCUCACUGGGAAAAGGUUGGAAAGGAAAUGGGCUUUGCCUACACAGCAAGUGGUCCGCUUGUGCGCUCGUCAUACAAAGCAGGUGAAUUCUUCCUGAAGAAUCUUCUGGAAAAGAGGAAGGCGUCUGCAGCAGAAUGAUGUGGUUGUUCCCACAUCAAAUGCCUGUCCUUCAUAGCUCUGUCACAGUUACUUGUAAUUACUAAUACACCAGCUUCAGUAUACAGAAACAAUAUUUCAAUCUCCACAAUAUACUUAGAGUAAGUUUAAUGUGCCAUCUGUUGAACUUACAACAUAACACUAAGGUUCAUAAUAUAUUCUACGUUAGACAUAAAACAAGUAGUGUAACGAAAAAACAAGAGUACAUCCUAGUGAGUGCCUCAGAGAAGGCUAGAAGGAAGAAGUAGAACAAUUCAAACACAAGUUGAGUGAAUACAGUUUUCAGUCAGGCAAAUUAUUAUUUUUCAUGAAACAAUAUACCACACAUAGCGGUGAAUGAUGGGUGGGUGUCAUCCACUUAAGAAGCCUCUCCUAAACCCCCAGUCACAGAAAAGCCCACCUUGAGUUUGCCAGGGACAAAAAUGAAGGCCACUGAGACUCCAUACUCUGGAGCCAUGCCCAAGACCAAUCUUUUUGGGGUUCAUGGCAUAAAAAUUGUAUGGUUUUGGACAAAUUAAUACUAAGAAAAAUGCAUAGUGGCUACGGUGAAACCAGGUAGGGAUAUUGCCCUUAAAUGGGGCUGUGUGAUUGCUGUUGUUGUUUGAGAGCUGUAUUCGUGGAUGGAAUCAUGAACACAUACUGUAUGUAUUGAUCUACGAAUAGCAAAGAUGUCUCCAUCACUCUA